CGGCUUCAAAAAGUGGGUGAAAAAGGGGAGCAAAGCAAAAAAAACUUGCAACAAAUCUCUCUUUUUCUCUCUUUCUAACUGAGAAACGAACAGACAAAGCCCAUAUUGCCUUCCCUAUAAAAUAAUUCAAAUCUUUUCUCUUCUUCUCACAGAGCUACAAAGAUGAUGAAGAAGAAAGCCGAGACUGCAUUGUAGUAUUGGGAUACUGAAAACCCUUUUUUUUCUUUUUCUUUCCCUUUGAAUUCGUAGCAGAUAAUGAAAGUUGGAGUUUUAAUUAGUUGCCCAGAAGAAAACCUUCAAUUUCCAUGGCUUUAGAAGCGCUGUCUACCAAUGAGCUCUUCAACCUCAUAAUCUACGACACCUUUUCGGCAACCCCCGCCUUGUCCCACAACGAAGCUUCUGAAACUACCAAUCUUGCGGCGGUGGCCCCCAAGCAGCCAGGUCAGGACCUCUGCGGCGGUGACGGUGGCGGUUUAGAUGCCUGUUCUUCCAUGCCGGCGUGGCGCCGCCGCCAUUCGGCUGGGGCGGAGAUGAUAACCCCCCAUUCUCGGGCGCAGCAAAACUUGGCGGUGCAAGGCGGCGGCCGGAAAAAGCGGCGGAGACGGCCCAAGAUUUGUAAGAACAAGGAGGAGGCUGAGACCCAGAGGAUAACUCACAUUGCCGUCGAGAGAAACCGCCGCAAACAGAUGAAUGAACACCUCGCCGUGCUCCGCUCCCUCAUGCCGGAAUCUUAUGUUCAAAGGGGUGACCAAGCCUCAAUAGUUGGGGGCGCCAUAGAGUUUGUGAAGGAGCUCGAACACCUCUUGCAAUCCCUAGAAGCUCGCAAGUUCCAACUGCUACACGGCGGCGGAGGCGAGGGCGGCGGCGGAGGAGCGACGACGACCGCCGCCGAGUGCGGCGGCGCCGAGUUCCUACCAAACCCAUUCUCGCAGUUUUUCUCGUACCCACAAUACACAUGCUCGCCACAGCUCCCCAACAAGUACAUCUCGAAAAGCAAGGCCGCCAUUGCCGACAUAGAAGUUACUCUAAUCGAAACGCAUGCAAAUAUUCGAAUUUUGUCGAUAAGAAGAGUCCGGCAACUCUCUAAGAUAGUGGCCACCUUUCAGUCGAUGUGCCUUUCUACACUUCACCUAAACGUCACCACUUUAGACUCUUUGGUUCUCUAUUCAAUCAGUGCAAAGGUAGAAGAAGGUUGCCAGCUGAACAGUGCUGACGAGAUAGCAGGAGCAGUUCACCACAUGCUCAGAAUAAUAGAGGAGGAAGAUACCCUAAGUACUUGCCAGCAAGCUGUGUAGGGCAUAGCCCAUUUAUCUCUUUCUUCCAAUGUUUAAUGUAGUUUCAAUCUAUGAAUAUAUGAAUCAACCUGUCUGUUCCAAGGUUUGCUUGUAAGUACAAAAAAAGGGCUAGUUUUUGUUAAUGCUACAAUUAUAUAUUAGGGUCUUUAUUGUCAUUUUCUUCUUUGACCAA